AUGGCUUACACGCUGGAAGAAUCAUACUUGUUUAUGGCCCAGAGUCCUGUCGAAAUAUGUGAGCAGCACAACCGAAAGGUUGACCAGUACUGUAUGGACUGUAAAAUAUUUCUCUGUCUGGUGUGUGCCCGUCUCUCCCAUGUCAAACACAACAGUGAGUCUGUACACAAGUUAGCAAACGACAAGAAGAAUGUUUCUAAGGCAAUUUUCGAGGAUAUUCGGGAGCACGAUAUUCCUCUUCUGAACAGGAGGAUAGACACCAUUGAUAAGCUAAAAGAGGAGAAUGAAGAAAAUUACAAAACCCAGUCCAAGCUCUUAAGUCGGCAUUACAGUGACAUCGCGAGGAGGCUCACAGAAAUGAAAAAAGACCAGGAGAAGAGACUAGCAGAAAACUUGUCGCGUAAAAAUGUCGCUCUGGAUGCACUGAAAUCAAAACUGGAGCAAAAGGCGGACCAUUUAACGAAAACUUGCAAGGCGAUGGAGAGGGGCAAAAUGUCUGAUUAUCAAUAUGUGGAAAGUUUUUCUUUCUUGGAGGACUCCCAGAAAACCAUAUCUAGACCAAGAACUGAUAUAUUGUCUUACAAUUUUUCACUGCAUUUUCAGAGGCAAAGCCUCGACAUGCGCUUGAUCGAAUCUUUGGCUGGAACUUUGGCAGAUUCAGAUCACAUUAUCCUUUCAGAGACAAACUCGUUUGUUUUUGGAGCAGACGGUAUAAAUUCUCUCUUGGCAUCAAGCGAAGUAACGAGCUGGUUGUACGAACAGAAAGGAACCCAAAUCGUUCAAGUUGGAAUUCAGGGAGAAGUGUUACGGACUGUUGAUUUGAAGAACGAAUGCGAUGCAUUUACACUUGGACCAAACAACGAAAUAAUAGCAACACACUUAGAGGCGCAAUCAAUUACCAUUAUUACGUCAUCGGAAACUUUCAAACGUCAAAUUUCUACUUCACCCUUGGAGCCAGAGGGUAUCAGUUUAGCAAAUAAUGAUUGUUUAUUGGUGACUUUGGUAGACAAUUCCAUGGAAUUCUCGUUAAACGAGAGAAGCAGAAGACUAGUUAGACUAAUGGCAGUAUCUGGGGAGGUCAUACGGGACUAUGAAUACAGGGAGGAUCGCAAAACGAGGAUGUUCACGCUCCCUAGACAAGCGAUACAGAGAAAAAACGAUGAUAUAUGUGUCUUGGAUUAUCUAAAUGAGAAAAAGGGCAUUCUUCAUGUGAUAUCAAAUGACGGUGAAAAACUCGCCGUAUACACAGGUAGGAAUCUGGAAAAAGAUUUCUUCCCGACUGAUGUCGUAGCAGACGACAACUGCAACGUCAUCCUGACUGAUCCCGCCAAUAAUGUACUGCACCUAUUAGAUAGCGAGGGACAGUUCCUCAAGCUACUUACACCCCAACAAGACAGUUUCUCCAUUCCGAUUUCGUUGUCCUUGUUUGGAGACACGAUGUGGGUUGGAAACUUUAAUGGCAGGGUUAGCAUUUACCAUUAUAGGAAUCAUAUCAGAUAG